CUGUCUGUAGCUUUCCUCUCAACUCCGCUGGCAGUCGAAAGUCUAGGGUUUUAGCGGCUGGUUGCCUUUGCCCCUACCCUACCCGGCGCGUGGCCGCCGCCUUCUCCCUAGAGCAGCCGCCGCCGAUGGACGUAGACUCCGACCCGGCCGCCGAGGGCAAGCCCACACAGAUGGACCUCGAGGACCAGACGGACACCAAGGGGAAGGGAAAGGCAGAGGAUGAGGGGAAGGGGAAGGGCGAGGAGCUCGCGGACUCCAUCGGGAGCCUCUCCAUCGGCCCCGAGCGCACCAACUUCAAGAAGAAGCCUGUGAUCAUCAUCGUCAUCGGCAUGGCCGGGACGGGGAAGACAACCUUUAUGCACCGACUGGUGUGCCACACCCAGGCUUCAAACAUGAGAGGCUACGUGCUCAACCUUGACCCUGCGGUGAUGACGCUGCCGUUCGGGGCCAACAUAGAUAUCCGUGAUACUGUGCGGUACAAGGAGGUGAUGAAGGAGUAUGGUCUUGGCCCCAAUGGCGGCAUCCUCACCUCUCUCAACCUAUUCUCCACCAAGUUUGACGAGGUUAUAUCUGUAAUUGAAAGACGAGCUGACCAGCUGGAUUAUGUGCUGGUGGACACUCCUGGGCAGAUUGAAAUAUUCACUUGGUCGGCUUCAGGAGCUAUCAUAACAGAAGCUUUCGCAUCAACAUUUCCAACAGUCAUUGCAUAUGUUGUUGACACUCCCAGAUCAUCGAGCCCUGCAACUUUCAUGAGCAACAUGCUUUAUGCCUGCAGUAUUCUGUACAAGACCCGUCUACCUCUGGUUUUGACAUUUAAUAAGGUUGAUGUUGCCAAGCAUGAGUUUGCUCUUGAGUGGAUGGAAGACUUUGAGGCAUUUCAAACUUCCUUGGAAUCUGACUCGUCAUACUCCUCUACAUUUACCCGAAGCCUCUCUCUUGUCCUGGAUGAGUUCUACAAAAAUUUGCGGUCAGUUGGAGUAUCUGCUGUAUCUGGUGCUGGAGUCAAUGCCUUUUUUGAAGCUAUAGAAGCAAGCGCCAAGGAAUACAUGGAGAAUUAUAGGGCUGAUCUCGACAAAAGGAUUGCUGAAAAAGAGAGGUUAGAGGCUGAGCGUAGGAAGGAGAACAUGGAAAGGUUGCAGAGAGACAUGGAGAAGUCCAAAGGACAAACUGUUGUGCUCAGCACUGGUUUAAAGGACAAAAAUCGUGCUUCAGAAAUGAUGGAUGACGCUGACGAGGAGGAAGAGGAGGCAUUGGAAGAUAUCAGGAUUUCUGAUGAUGAUGAAGAUGAAGAUGAUGGAGAAGAUGAAGAAGUGUAGCAUUUUGCAUUAUAAGGUGACUGUUUACCGGACGGUGCUUAGGAAAGCCUAGUCAUACCUCAGCUGGUGUUUCUUUCCAGGUUAUUACAGUGGAAAUGAAAUUGUCAAUAUUACUAGGUGGCUGAUUGCCUUUAGCCUGUACAUCGACUCUUUUCACUGGGUCAUACCUCCUAUGCGGGUGUUGCCACUUGCCAGUGUACGCCGCGAAUCUAGAAACUUGAUACUGAACUUUGAUGGUUUCCUACAAGCUCUGUGAUGGUGGGGGGAAACGAAAAGCUCAAAAUCUGUUUGGCUGUUAGAGUAACCUUGUUGCCUUGAGAACCGAUUGGGAGAGAACAACCACUAGGCACCAGCAGAAUACUUAUCUGUGAGAAUCUGAGUUUGUGUUCACUCUAUCUGUGAUAAUUUGACGAGAGUUUGUUCACUGAAUUUGGUUGGACCUAUAGCGUACUAAAGGGACAUGCAGUCCUGUC